UUCACCUGCAUUAGUAAUUUGGCUUAAAUAUGUAUUUUUUAUUCUUAUGUAGGCUACCCUAGUGAUAUAAUGCACUCAUGUAACUCGCCGCUUGUCACUAUGUCCAGCACCCAGGGAAAAUACUACAGUAUAAGCUAAAACCGCUCCUCCAAUAGAAAUCGCUGAUCACACUUGGGGUGCGUUCGUAAAGUAAUUCUGGCUAUCUACUCAGUUUUACGACGAGUACACUCUGCAACACUGGAGGCAAUUUACGAACGCACCAUUGUAGAUGAAGGCAUGACGACCGUGGCUAGCUAAACUCAUGCGUAGAAACACAUUAUCGGGUCUAACGGUCGUCUCGCGACAAAUCACAGGCAAAAGUUAUUUUGACGAAAAUGAAAACGUUUCAGUUUGUCACGAGAUUUGAGUAAUAAUAUGUUCAACUACUUACGAUAUUGGUUCGAAUCUAGAUUUAGAUUUCGAGAAAAUUGAGAACUAAUGAAGAAUUGUUCACUUCUCUCCUUGACUUGAUUUUGGCGAGAGUCAAACCUCUCGCUUCGCCUUUUCCUCUCUGGUGAAACUUAAAUCUCGGGCGGGAACAAGUUUACGUUUUAGUUUGCCGGUGGAUUUUGUACGGAGUUGGCGAGCUAGGCAAACAAAUAUAUUUGGCGCUAACAGCAUUCUUUACAUUUGUAUAUUGAAAAGAUACCUGGAGCCAGAAGAACAGUUGCGCACGACAGCUAACAGUAACAACGUUUGGUCGAGGAGGAUGAUGAUAUCCAAGGGACAGAAGCGCAAACUCCAUGAUGAUGUCGUGGGGUGCAUGCGUAGCGCCACUUGGGAGAGCCAGCGGCAGUCAGUGCUGGGCAUCUCCCUCGACAAGUACCACCGCGGGAAGGCACUGGUGGAGCCUAGUUUGCGGCGCUCGGUGUUGAUAGCCAACACCCUGCGGCAGAUACACAUAGAAAACAAGCCUCCAUCUGGGCUAGUUAACCUGACAGGACCUGUGCCACCCAUGGUCCCAUCUAACCCCUGCACCCAACGGGAGUCUGGUCUGGGUGUUGUAAACAGUGUCGAGGACAUGGAGGAGGUCUGGAUGUCCUCGGAGAGUGACUUCUCCCUGUCCGCUGCAGUCUCCUCCAUCCUGAAAGAACUAGACUUGGCCGUUGAUGGAGGGCCAGGGCCUCAGGCACCUCAGAGGACACCUUUCAUGUCCAUUGAGAACCUACCUGGAGACCUGGGGUCCAGACAGGCCCCCACAUGGCACUGGAGUUCUGAGUGGCGCCCUGGGGGUUCUAGAACCUCAGAGGGUGUGGCUUUUGGUAGUGUGGAGGAGGUCAUGCAUUCCAGCUACCUGCAUGAUGUGAAACUGGAUGAACUUUUCCAUGACAUUGACACGUCUGUGUUUGACAGGGAGAUGGGGGUCCGAGCUCUCUCUGCUGCAGCCAGUGACGAGCUGCUUAAGUAUUUACCCUCUCUGUCCUCCGUUCCAUCCACUUCGCCCUCUCCCUUCUCCCUCAACCAGAGCUUCAGGGACCUGAAUGAGCUGGAGCACAUCAUGGAAAUACUGGUAGAGUCUUGAUCACCAGAACUUUGAGGAAAUUAUUACAUUAUUAAGAGAACAAGACGUUGAAAUGUAGUGUUUACUCUGUCCAGUUGAUCACAUGGUUUAAUGACUGAAAUGUGCUGUUUUUAUACAAAAGAAGGAAAGGCUGGAUGAGAGACUAGCCUACUUUUUUAAUUAGUGGUGUUUUAAAUGUUAAAUGUAAUAUCCAUUAUGUCUAGCUAUAUUAAGAGUUUAUAUUGUAAGAUAUUGCUAAUAGCAAAGCAGUACAGAUUGAUGUCCAAUUAAUUAAUUAGUGGGUAGGAUUGACUCAAACAGUUGGAGUUUUGGAAUACCAUUACAUUCCUCAGGCAUCUAUUGAAGGGAAGAUAGAGGACAGUUUUUAAAUGUGAAAAAAAAAACUCUAACCUGAGGGGAAAUGUCUUCUGUGAAGAAAUCAAUUUCAUUGGUAAGUUGUGGGUUAAUGUUGAACACGUUCUCACAUCCUUCAAUAUCACAAAAGUACAUCUACCUUUAUUUAACUAGGCAAGUCAGUUAAGGACAAAUUCUUAUUUUCAAUGACGGCCUAGGAACAGUGGGAUAACUGCCUGUUCAGGGGCAGAACGACAGAUUUGUACCUUGUCAGCUCGGGGAUUUGAACUUGCAACCUUCCAGUUACUAGUCCAACCAGCCCUAACCACUAGGCUACCCUGCCACCCUAUAAUACAAUAAUACUGCAUUGUAUUUGUCAGUAUGUUCUUUAGUAGUAGUCUACUUUGCCUAACCUGUAUGCAUAAUUAGCCUACAUAUUGAGCUGUGCCACUAACUUACAGUUAGCUUCAGCCAUUAGCAAAUACAAAUAUUACCUUAACCUGAGUUACUGGCUGUGAAAUGUCAUGGUGCUUACCAGUAGUUCAAUAUCCGGUUAUAACAGCUGAAGGUAAUAUAGAGGAAUUCCUCAAUUUGGUUCUGUUGUGUGUGUGCAAUGAUGUCUAAGGGGGAAAAUUGUCUUCUUUUUUUGCAGUAACUUGGUUGUUGUAUUAUCCCAAACGAACUUGCCAGUUUCAUCAAUAAGGAUUUCAUUAACGUUUAUUGUGCUGCAUUUUUAUAGAAAAUGUCUAACCAGUGUCAGAAAUGGUUCAAAGGACGAGUUAUUUAUAGAAACUUCAUAUUUAAAUGUUCAGCUAAAUAUGUAAUCUUUAUGUUCCACAAUUGCAGUUUGUUUUAUAUUCUUGUUUAUAUAAUGUAUUUUGGCUUAAUGCCCUGAAAAAGGAAAUUAUGCCCACAUUUUACAAUAAAAGACAUGUAAGUGCACUGUCUAAUUUAUGCCCAUUGACGUAGUAUAAAUUCUGAAAUUAAAUGGGUUUGUGCCAAUCUUUUCAAACAGUUUCACACUUGUCUAAACUGUGCGACAGUAGAAUCACACCUCUUCGGUGGGGAUCCUGAUGCAGAACACGAGCAAGCAGCCACUUAGUGGACAUAAGUGUCAGAACAAUGCAAGUGUAGCUGGAUCAUGUGCUGUUGAAUUGUUAAAGUGCAUGUGAAAAGUGUAAUAAGUUUGUAGCAACUGAUAAUGUAUUAACUAACUGCCAAUAAUGUAAUCGCUGCUAAUGUAAUAACCUUUGUAUUUAUCAUGUAAUAAAUAGCCAAUAAAUAUACUGAACGCAUAA